UUGUCGGUGAGUUGGGUCGUGUUGUGUGCUCCGCUCGCGGAUGCAGAUUUGCGUCUUUUACCAGUCUCCAUUUAGGUUCCUCAAACUGUUUACAAACUAGAAAGAAGUUAUAUACAUAUCCCUCUGUAUGCUUUCUUAUGAGCGAGUGAUUAUGGGGAUUAAAUUAUAUCUUGUUAAAUGGCAAAGUUUAGUUAAGGAAUCCCACAAGUGACAGAAUUGGUGAAAAUAAAACACUUUUUUUUUGUAUUUCAAAGACUAGUUAUAAAAGAUAAAAACUUUGAGGCUUGGAAGAGGUACAUGAAACUAUUAUCUGUCAAAGCUUAUCUAGCUCUUCCAUGUGAAGAGACGUGGGUGUAAUGUGGCCGAGACGAAGUGAAUUCUGACAAGAUAAUUUGACAGAUCGCUGCAGGUUAGCUGGGAGGUGAGGAGGUCACUAGCUAUGGCUGCUAAUCUGGUGGUCACCUUGGUCGUCUUUCCUCUGCUACACGGCGUUGCUGCAG